UGUAAAUUGAAUGUUUGUGUUGUGAUCUGUGCUUCGUUUUCGUUUCAAAAUCAUCACCUUUAAGCAUUACCGCAUCUCAAUUUUCAUAUCAUUCUGCAUAUGAUUAUCUCUCAAUUUGAUAACUACCUCAGUUCAUUGAAGUAUGAAGGAAGAAAUUUGUGCUGCUGUGACUUUCUUAACAGAUUUGAUGGGGAAAAGUAAAGACCUAACUCCAGACCAGGUGGAAAUAUUCCAUGCUACACUUGGUUCUGUUUUAAUAGAAAGAUUUGAAGGUCAUUGGUUUCCUGAGAAACCGUAUUGGGGUCAGGCGUAUCGCUGUAUCAGAGUAAAUGGCCGAGAGAGGAGAGAUCCAGUGUUGGAGCGGGCAGCUCAAAUGUGUGGAUUGCGCUAUCAAGAUCUUCAUCUGCCGCCUGAGCUAACAUUGUGGGUUGACCCUAAAGAAGUCUGCUGCAGGUUUGGAGAAGAUGAAGGCUCUUAUUGUACUGUUGCUUCAUUUAAAGACAAUAAAGAAAAUUUAAGUGAUAAUUAUUUCAUUCAAGAUAGUCAUUUGAAAUCAUUUCAUCAAAAUGCAUUUGAUUAUGCGAAAAAGCAAAAAAGUCGCCGCAAGGCGGUUGAUAGUCAGAGGAAAACAUCUGUUUAUCCUGUGCUAAAUAAAGGACACCAAUCUUUGAAUCCGAAACCAGUACCUUCAACUCGCUACUUAGAUUGGGGGGCAUUUCACCCUGAAAUGACCCCUUUUGUCCGCAGAUCAAAGAAACCCACCCGUAUUGUAUAUUCUAACAAUCGAAGAAGUAAUUUUUUGUAGUGAUCAAAUUGAAUGUUUCAAUGUCCAAUUGAACUGAUUGAAUUACCUUUUAUGCUUGUUAUCUGUGUUAAUGAAAAAUUGUGCAAUUCUGUGUUUUUAAGGAAGUUGUUAUCAGUAGAUUUUUAAAAUGAAUUGAAAUGGAAAAGACGAUUAAAUUCACUAUAUUUGUCAAAUGUAUUUUUACAUGCAUGGACUCUGUUUGUAGCACGCUUAAAUAGAAGUGCCGCCUUUUUUAUUUGUAUUUUUAUAUAUAAAUUUUUAAUGUUCUGUUAUGUUUGAUAAAUUUUUAUAUUUGAUAUUUAUUUUCUCUUUCAUCACUUUAUUAGUCAAUGUUUUCUAGCUUGAAACGUGUAUUUUAUAGCUGAUGAGCACUACUAUUGAUGUUAUAUAUGGGAUAAUGAUUAUCCAUUUAACGCACAAUGGCUAUCCCAGUAUUUUGGUAUAUGUAUAUAAAAAAUAAUUUACAUGCAACAGGAUUUUUUUUUUUUUUUGCAUUCCAUUACAUUGAUUUUUUUUUUUUCGUUUUCAUCUAAAUUUACAUUUAACAUUCGCUUUUUUGAAUGCCGUACUGAUACAAAGAAUUUGAUGAAAUUCCAAAAUGUUGCUUACUUGUUGAAUUUAUGUAUUGAGGAUCAAUGGUCUUAUUUUUGCAUUUAUGGUCAUUUGUUCCUGUUUAAAUAUUUAAAGUUUUGUUUAUAUUUAAACAUAGUUUUGCAAAUUUCUUGAUCACUAAAUACUAAUUUAUGUGAAAAGAAGGCUUUUUUUUUAAAUUUUUUUUUAAAUUGUUUAAAACAUGUUUUUUUUUCCCCUGAGAAGGUUGUAAACAUUUAGUUUUUAUCAUAUCAAACUGAAUGCAAAUGCAUGAUAAAGUUGUUUUGUGAAAAGCUUAUCGAAUGUGUUAAAAAUUCUAUUUGAACUAUGCAUAUUUUUUACCAUCAAAUUCAUCGCGCACUUUUUUUUUUUUUUUUUGUAUUUUAUUGCCAUUUUUUGGCAUAAAUUUGCUCUGUUUCCUAUGAGAAAGUGACAGAUUUUUGACCUUAUUAAAAAUAAAUAUUUUAACAUGACCAUUAUAGUAUCCAAGUGUAACUUAAAACAAUGAGUUUAAAUUUGAUAAUAUAUGUGUAAUUUUAAUGAAACUUUUAUAGCUAGGUGUUUCCUUUAUGAAGCAGUGUAAUUAUCUAUUCAAAUCUGAACUCCUGAGGAUCGCUUUACAGCGAUCUAUGUGCCUUUUUGUAAGCUUUUGGAGCAAGUCAUGUUGUAACAAAUUGCAAACUGAUUGGGUUUUCUAAGUACUGUGGUAAAAUUUAAAUUGUCCCUCAAUUUAACUAAUAGUGUUUUUCUUUUCUUUUUUUUUUUUUUGCAGAAUUUUAAAUAGAAUGUCUAUAGACAUAUUAAAGGUAUAAAGAACUUGAUUCAUUUGUAAAUUUGACAAACUUUUUCAUAUGCAUGAUUUAAUUUUCAGUUGAAACUAUUCCUUUUGUUAAGGCAGCAUUAAUAUAAAGUUUUGAAUCAUGUUUGGAACUUAACAUGGAUUCUAUUUUAUUGCUAUUAAACAGAUUUAAUUUCACCAGUAUUGAUUAAAUUACAUUAUUAAAUAUAUGCAUGACUGUCACAUUAUGGUGUUCGGCAUUGGAUGAAAAUAUCCAAUUGUGAGCACAUGAUAUCCUUACAUUUGGGUCACUAAUUCAGGAUGUUCUGUCGGAAAUCUUAUUACUACAGAAUCUCUCUUUGAUAUGUACUUGUGAUAAAAAAUGGUGAAUGAA